AUGGCUAUCCUUGCCAGGUUGAAUACGCUUGAAGAACGUUUUGCUACGCCACCGCCGCCGCAGCCGUCCGGGCUACCUUUACAGGUUGCUUCAACAUCCCUGGAGCAUACGCCGCAACCGGUACAACCUGCGCUAACGGGUGGUGCAACCACUGACGACGUACGUGAUGAUGACUCAACCGCGGGUCGCGCAUCUACCUUAUUAUUGCGAGAAAGCAUCUCUACGGGUAGCGACACAACUGGCAGAAUCGUGGAGGCUAUCACUUCGCUAGUUAAAGUAAGUACUAAACAUAGUACGAUCAAUAUGUCUCCUCUCCAAUUGCUUGUCGGAAGUGAUAUUUCCACUCCUGUCAUACGUGCCCUUAUCCGAGAUGUUGCGAUAGAUAUGGCUACUUCAAAUCGUGAAGCUACAAUGGCGCUGCGGAGACAACGUAUGUCAUCACUAUUGUUAACAAACCAGCAAAAACAAGACGAUUAUAUGAACAGGGGCCGCAGAUCACCGUCUGAGUUUAAUAUUAAUGACAAGGUAUUUGUAAUCAAGACUUCACAGGCAGUUGGAAAAUUAGACUCCUGUAUGCGUGGGCCUUACAAGGUAUUGAAACGACUUCCACAUCAUCGGUAUGAAUUGGAAUUGUUGGCUCGCUUGUAUGGAAAGCGUACGGAGGCUGCAGCUGAAAACAUGGUAGCGUGGGCAGGAGAGUGGACCCCCGAGACCUGCGCCGAAUUCUUUGAAUGGGAGUCUGAUGAUUCUAUGCACGAUACAUCGGCGGAAGCUGAGACGAGUUCAAGUUUUGAACACAGCAGAGUGGCGGACGAGGACGACCGCCCGUCAGGAGAGGCCGUGUUGAACGAGGAUGAA